AUGAUUCGCGCUCUUAACAUGUUCCGUUCGCGUGCCACCGUGGCACAGAGCCUUCUGCGUGCUGGGCCGAAUGCCGCUGUGCAGAAGCGCUUCUUGUCCAUCCACGAGUACCUCUCGAUGGGUCUACUGAACAAGUACGGUAUCAACACCCCCAAGUCGAUCCCCGCCAAGUCGGCGGAGGAGGCCUACGAGGUAGCGAAGAAAUUUGGUGGUAAGCCGAUUGUCAUCAAGGCCCAGGUCCUCGCCGGCGGUCGUGGUAAGGGUCACUUCGACAAUGGACUCCAGGGUGGUGUUCACCUGAUCAACACUCCCGAGGAGGCGCGCGACCUUGCCUCGAAGAUGAUCGGCGCUAAGCUGAUCACCAAGCAGACUGGUGCUGCUGGCCGUGAGUGCCAUGCCGUGAUGAUCGCUGAGGCUCGUACGCCGGCGCACGAAUACUACGUGGCUGUGUUGAACGACCGCGUGAACCAGCUUCCUGUCCUGAUUGCCUCGAACCAGGGCGGUAUGUCGAUUGAGGAUGUCGCCAAGGAAAACCCGGAUGCGAUUAUCACUACUCCCAUCGACUUCACCAAGGGUCUCGAUAUGGAGACUGCCAAGUCGAUUGCGCACAAGCUCGGCUUCUCCGGUUCCAAGCAGGAGGACCAGGCUGCUGACACCUUCGUGAAGCUGUACCAGCUCUUCUCGGAGCGCGAUGCGACGCAGGUGGAGAUCAACCCCAUGGCUGAGAGCAAGGAUGGCGAGGUGCUCUGCAUGGACGCCAAGUUGGGCUUUGACGAAAAUGCGGAAUUCCGUCAGAAGGAAGUGUUUGACAUGCGUGACCUGACCCAGGAAGAUCCCAGCGAGGUCCAGGCGGCGGAGUACGGCUUGAACUUCAUUAAGCUGGAUGGCAACAUCGGCUGUCUGGUGAACGGAGCUGGUCUCGCUAUGGCCACUCUCGAUGUGCUCUCGCUCAACGGCGGUAAGCCGGCCAACUUCCUUGACGUCGGUGGUGGUGCUAACGCUGAGGCGGUGAAGCGCGCCUUCGAAAUCGUCCUCCAGAGCAAGGACGUCCGUGCCAUCUUUGUGAACAUCUUCGGUGGUAUUAUGCGCUGCGACGUGAUUGCCGAGGGUAUCAUCAAGGCCACGAAGGAGAUGGAGCUCAAGGUCCCCCUGGUUGUUCGUCUGCAGGGCACCAAGGAGCAGGAGGCCAAGGCGCUGAUUCGCGAGUCGGGCAUGAAGAUCUCGGCCUUCGAUGGCCUGGACGAAGCUGCCCGCAAGGCCGUCGAGGUGGCUGCGGCUGGUCAAUAA